AUGAACGAAAAAUAUACACAAGAUGUUGAGCACUCUGCAACAACCUCUGAGCUCGAUUCCGUCGAUCCGCUCCUCGACGCACGCGAGAAGGCUUUGAUCUGGAAACAAGAUUUAAGGAUUGUUCCAUUAUGUGCGGCGAUCUACCUGUUAUGUUAUUUGGAUCGGUCGAAUAUUGGGAAUGCCAAAAUUCUGAACGAAGAUACGAAUAAUGAUCUCCUUUCGGAAACGGGUAUGACUUCGUACCAAUAUACAAUUGCACUGAUGGUCUUCCUCAUUGCAUAUGCGCUAUUCGAGGUACCAUCAAACUAUUUUUUGAAAAAGCUCAAACCCAGUCGAUGGAUCGCCUUCCUUAUGCUAUCAUGGGGCGCAAUCACAAUGGGUCUCGGCGGUGCUCACACGUAUGCCCAAGUGACCGGGAUCCGCUUCCUAUUGGGUGUUGUGGAAGCAGGACUUUUUCCAGGAUUUGUCUACUAUCUAACAUUCUGGUAUCGGAACUCAGAAAGAUCCAUGCGGGUAGCCUUGAUUCUAGCCUCUGCAACACUGGCAGGUGCUUUUGGCGGCGCGAUCGCAUAUGGUGUAGGUCAUAUGAACGGAGCACAGGGACUCUCUGCUUGGCGAUGGCUAUUCAUCAUUGAAGGAGCGCCUUCUUGUGCGUCGUCUGUUUUGGUUUGGUUCUUUUUACCAGAUUAUCCUGAAACUGCGCAUUGGCUUUCCGCAGAGGAGAAGGAACUCGCAGCGUAUCGCUUAAGGACUGAGGGAUCUCAUGGUUCCGCAAGUGCUAUGUCUUGGGCGGAUGCGAAGGCUGUGCUUGUAGAUUGGAGGCUAUAUGCUCACUAUGCGGUCUACUUUGGAAUUUCUACGCCCUUCUCAAGCCUCUCGCUUUUUACUCCCGCUAUCACUGCCGGGCUGGGAUAUUCUAAUCUUCGAGCACAGCUCAUGACCGUGCCGCCAUAUGCAGUAGCAUAUGUCGUAACUGUAGCGGUUGCAUGGUCUGCAGAUUAUUUCAAUUGCCGCGGCGUCCACUCCGCCAUUUUCGCUUUCAUUGGCGCAAUGGGCUUCCUAGCCUCAGCCGUCCUUCCAGCAGAAGCAUAUCUACAUCGCUACGGCUGCCUUAUCGUCGCAGCUGCCGGAGCUUUCGCUUGCAUCCCCCCACUCCUCGGAUGGCUAUCAUCAAAUCUCCGGUCCACGUCCGGAGCCGGCCUAGCCAUCGCGCUCAACGUUUCAUUCGGCGCACCGGGUCAAAUUGUUGGGGUGUGGAUCUAUAAGUCCGACGAGAAAAACAAGGGAUACCCCACGGGCCACUGGACCAAUGCUGCAUUACUUCUCUUUGUGGCGGCCGGAUGUAUCCUAUUGCGACUAUAUUACGGGUGGAGAAAUAAACGGGGCAAUGACGAUGGAAGCGGGAAGGAAUUUGCAUAUUAG